GUAGAACAGCCGCUGCCUCCUCUCUUUGAUCCAACAAAGCGCCAAAAAUCCGGUUGCCAUGGCAGCUGUGUAGAAAAUAAUGCCAAUGCUGGCCAACGCUUUCAUUGUUACGACAGUGCCUCCUACAAUAACGGACGAAAACCAAUCCUCGGAGGCAAGGAGUCUGGGGCCACCUUUAUGCCCCCAGUGAGUUCAGGAUAGAGCCCUGGUGAGGAAACUCCAAUGUAUUCUGAUUCCAAAAUGUAGCAUUCUGCUAAUGAGCUGUCUAGUUGGGAACAAAUAGUUUUAAAUUAAAUGCCCUCUCUAUACUUAUCACUUAAGAGAGGGCUACAUACUGAGUUUACUCAGUUGUUUUUCUUUAACAUUGGGUAUAUGUUUACUUAAGUACUAAACUUACGCUGCGUGAUUCAUAUUAAGCCCUAUGAAAACACGGUCUUCAGAAUUAGGGAUUGAACUAAGCAUGGUUGGGGUGGUUCCCCCUCCCGUGUGGGGGAAAAUUGUGAAAUUUCAAAGGUGAUUUGUGCCAUUUUAAGCACAUAACAUUCUUAUCUUUAAAAAUCAUAGGGGGAGAGGGGUUCUGCCCACGCUUUGUAAAUCGAUCAUCACUCAGUAGGUCAUAAUUCAACGGGAGUUAGUUCUGAACUCAGAAUGUUUUUGUAUUCCGACUGCCCGUUGAAAAAUGACACGGGGCAAAAUUCCACGACUUUGGGAUUUCUUUUCAACGUUGAAAAAUGAUCUCGGGCAUUUAUCCAUACCAGGUCAAAAUCUUAUGAUGCACCGUGUCCAAGUAUUGAAUAAAUUCAUAAAAAGAGGUUUAGUGUUGUUUUUUCAUUCACAUUGAAUAUUCGUAAGAAUAAGGUUGCUAAAUAUCUUGCUAUGGCACUGUUGGUAAGCGUGACAUUGGUGGUUCAGUGCAGUAACGAGGAGGAUGAAUUGGUGUGUAAAAUACAUGUACAUGUAGUAUGUGCACCGACGAACAUGUGAUCGCGUCAAGAUACAGUGCAUUUUUAAAAAUAGAACUUAAAAUGAGAGGAUGAAAAAUCCUGGCAAAGUACUUAUCUGUUGAUACUUAUUCUCGAUUAACUUCCAGCAAGGAUGAAUUACUUAAAAAAAAAAAAAAACCAACACACACUAACAAUAAAACCAAAAAAAAACCCACCACUUAUACGUAUGAAAUUAUUGGAAAAUACACAACCCUGAUCUCUAUCAAAAAUGGAAGUUAACAUCCGUUUUUGCCUAUUUCAAGUUCACAACGCUUCAUUUAUUAUUUUAAAAAAAGAAUUCUUAGUAGCACAAGUUAGAGAGGGGAUAAAUAAAUAACUUGUUUGCAGGUAUCGCGACGCUUUUAAAAAAAAACCUUAGAUGUAUAGAUCACAAAUGUUUCCAACCUCCGAGCUGAAAAUCGUCCAAAUGCCAUAGGCAAACAAUGCACUUGUUAUCACAUGUUACAUUGUUGAAAAAUAUCAAACUGCGACAGUUUUGGUCUCCCACUUACGGACAUAGUGGCAAUUAGUCACACAAUCUGGUACAAACGAAGCGUGAAUCACUGGGUCCUUCAUAACACAACCUGCACUACAAAGUGACGCCUGAAGUUAAUGAGCGAGUUGUCUUGGCCUUUAGCACAGACGUUUAGUAGUUGACCACAAAUAGUGGACAUUUAUGACAGUCCAAUGUUCCGUUUGUUAUUUUACGUAGAAUCAGGAUUCACACGGAUUUCUCUCUCGUAAAUUAUGGUAUUUAACCUGACAGUGUGUUCAUUUAAAAUAUUGUUGGUAUUUCCAAAAACCAGACAUUGAACUUUUAAGGAAUCAAAUACAGUAUAUGGAUGGCAUGGUCGUGGAAGUAUGCUAACAUAGAUUAAUCGUCACUAGGAAGUGGAUUUACCAUUAUCAACAUGGCCGUCUCUGUUUCGUCUGACAACAUAAAUGUGAAUGAGACAAUAUUUACUACUGAGUUUAUAAGCACUACCGGUGGAGUAUCUCCCUGUGGGCAAUCUGAGACUCUCGCCGAAUACUUAAUAUCUAAACUGAACACGGAGGAGAAAUUCCGUCAGAUUCCACUCACAUUAUUUUUGGUCAUUCUUUCAGUAACAGGAUUUAUAGGAAAUGUUUUAGUCUGUUUUAUUUAUGGCAGAGUGUACAAAAUUUCGAAUUCGCGCACCUUUAUAAUGAGUCUUGCAGUGGUUGACUUAUUUACUUGUACUAUUGGUAUCCCUAUGGAAAUAGCUACUUUAUUGGACCAGUAUCAGUUUGACUCGCCAUGGACAUGUAAAAUCUCUCGAUUUACAAAUAUUUUUACAACUAUCACUUCUGCUGUAGUGCUUGUGCUGAUUGCGAUGGAUCGCUACAGGAAGAUCUGUCGCUCUCUGGAAUGGCAGAUUACAAACAAGCAUUCCAAGAUUCUGUGUCUUGCUUCCGUGUUUGCUGGAAUCGUGCUGUCUUGGCCCGCCCUUCCCCUUUAUGGAAUAAAAACAACAGAACUUGUACUUUCGUCCACUCUCAAUGGCACAUCUACCGAAUGUUCCAUUGAUGAUUCGUCCAAAAACACUUCGCUUCCACUUGUAUACGAAGCACUGCAUACUCUGGUGUUUCUUGUUGGGGUUUUCUCUCUUGUGAUAUUGUACAUACUUAUUGGCAGACGUGUUCGAUUUUUCGCGCACAAACAUGAGGCUCGGAGAAGUAGCUCCUCCAAUGGUUUGGAUACAAUUGAACAACGGAAAGAGAAUAGGAGAACUCGGCGAGAAAAACUACAGAAAAUUCAGAACGAGGCGUCGUCCUCUGAUGGCGAUUCUGUUGUGUCAACGGAUACUAAGUCAUCUGUGGUGAGAAACUCACCACUGAAACAUAAAAUUAGUUUUACUCUGUCCUCAGGUGUGGGACAGAAUGCCGUUGAUAUGAAACCAGGUUCAUCAACCCUCAGCAGAAAUGACUCUACCAAUCUGAACGCACCUAUUAUGGACAGACAGGCAAGGAAUAGGAAGACACUUGCUCGAAAUACGACCUAUCUUAUGUUCAUCAUAUCUGUUGUGUUUAUUUUAAAUUUUGUGCCAGUACUCACUUUAGUGUUAAUACGUGAAGUAAACAAGGAUUUUGUCGAGAAUAUGUCUGACUCUGAGAGAACUGCCUACCGCUUCUUUUUAAGAUCCUAUUAUAUUAGCGCUGCUGUGAAUCCGAUCAUUUACUCUAUUUUUGACAGACGCUUUAGAAAAGCUGUUCAGAGUACUACGCGAGAAUUGUUCGACAAUCUUUCUUGUUGUAAAUCUUCAUAAAUGGGGGUAAACCAUUACAAAUUUUGGUAUAUAAAUCCAAUUACUAAAAUUAAAACUUGGAAUCUAAGGUCAACCUCUAUGAUCAUUAGUGAUAAUUCACGAUAGUGAUAAUUAAACGUUCAUCAUCAUUGCGUCAUGUACAUAUGUUUAGGAAUGGUAAAUUCGAUGAAUCAUAAUGUAAUUUUUCAGUUUGUAAGCUAGUUGUCAUUUUGUAAUGUCUAUCUAGUAAAUUCAAAGAGUACAUACAUAAUCUUGACCGUUGGUCAAGGUUGUCGAACCUUAUUGGAUUCAGUCUUCAUGGACACCUCUCAAUGAUGGGCUCAAGGGCCAUAAGAAACAGGGGCAUGUUUUAUCAAUGUGCGUAUACAUACGACCUACUUUGCCAGAUCGAUAGGAAUGGUGCAUAAAUAAUUUGGUUCCGGGUAUCUCGCGUUCCGACCGGAAGCAUAAAAACACGACUUCAGGGAAUGUUCCAGCAUUGCUUCGGUAUGUUAUUCUCAUGGUCAUUAGAAUGUAUGAUACUAAAUGAAUUCAUUUUUUGUGGGUAAAAUAAUAUAUGAUAUUGAAAAGGUAUAUUGAAGACUAUAUACAUGAAGAAAUCUAACUUGUGAUUUUGUGCAACUGAACCGUAAACAUUUGAAAUUAUGCAUUUCCUCACAAAAUAAACAGAUACAACUGUU